UAUAUAAAAUAGUCAAAAGUUAAAUUUUCUUGUUUUAAACAUCGCAUCCGCAACGUUUGACUGAUUUUUUUCUGUUCAACAACCGGGUACAGAUAGUACACCAUGGCAAACUCAGCAUCGCGGGUUCCUAUAUCUGUGCUGUUACACGACAAAGCAUCGGAGGAUGAAGAGCCUAAGAAAAAGUCCCGCGAAGAUUGGCGCAAAGCUAAGGAACUCGAGGAAGCUCGUAAAGCCGGAACUGCUCCCGCCGCCGUCGAUGAAGAAGGACGAGAUAUUAAUCCCCACAUACCUCAAUAUAUCUCAUCUGCCCCAUGGUACUACAACACCGCUGGUCCCACAUUGAAACAUCAGCGUCCACAGGAUGAUCCCAAGGCACAUUGUUCUGGAAUCGACGAAUGGUACAAGCGUGGAGUAGAUACCAGCAAAAUAGUGACCAAAUAUCGUAAAGGUGCAUGUGAAAACUGCGGAGCAAUGACACACAAGCGAAUCGAUUGCAUGGAAAGACCACGGAAGGUUGGUGCCAAGUUUUCAGCGAAGCAGAUAGCGCACGACGAGUUUCUGCAACCUAAGAUUGUGAGCGAUUAUGACGGGAAGCGGGACCGAUGGGCCGGUUAUGAUCCAGCAAAUCAUAGAGAAAUCGUGGAAGAAUACCUUAAAAUCGAACAAGCCAAACGUGAGCUUCGCGCGCAGAAACUCAAAGAAAACCCGGAUCUUGCGGAAGAGGAAGGCGAAAGUGAUGAAGACAAAUACGUGGACGAAGUGGAUAUGCCUGGCACAAAAGUCGAUUCCAAACAGCGCAUCACUGUUCGAAAUUUACGAAUUCGAGAGGAUACAGCUAAAUAUCUGCGCAAUCUCGAUCCGAAUUCUGCCUACUACGAUCCAAAAACCCGCUCCAUGAGAGACAAUCCGACUCCAAAUCUUAACCCGGACGAAACGGAGUUCGCUGGGGAGAAUUUUGUGCGUUUCUCAGGUGACAUAAAGAAACAUGCCCAGGCCCAAUUGUUUGCUUGGGAAGCGUACGGUAAGGGUGUCGAUGUACACGUGCUGGCCGAACCCACAAAACUGGAGCUGCUGCAGAAAGAGUACGAUAAAAAGAAAUCACAAUUCAAGGAUGAAGUGAAAAACAAAGUUUUGGAACAGUAUGGUGGAGAGGAACAUCUCGUGGUACCACCGAAAGCGCUACUGUUGGCACAGACGGAGAAUUAUGUAGAAUACUCCCGACAGGGAAAAAUUAUCAAAGGGCAAGAUAAACCUAUUAUUCGGUCACGCUACGAAGAAGAUGUCUACAUCAAUAAUCACACUACCAUUUGGGGAUCUCUGUGGAAAAAUGGAUGCUGGGGUUACAAAUGCUGCGAAUCGAUGAUAAAAAAUUCUUACUGCGUCGGAGAGAACGGUAAAUCUUCGGCUGUAAUGAAAGUCGCUGAAUCGAUUACGUUGCCCCGAACAGAUGUAGCAAACGAAAGCGAUCAAGAAACAGCGGAAGCUACAAGAGCUCCGGUUAAAGUUUCAGUAGAAAAAGAGCAAUCAGAAGAAAUUUCGCACACCAGGAAUGAUAGUGGAAGUGAUUCGGACCAUAAAACAUCGGACCGUGUAUCGGAAAAAUCAAAGAAAUCGAAAAAGAAACGCAAGAAGGAAAAAAGACGACAUGAACGAGAAGAAAAAAAGUUACAAGAAAAGGCGCCUGAUGAAAAAGAUAAGCUGCAGCUUGCUCUGGAAGUCGAGGCAUUGAGUCAAAAACGUGCUGAGGAAUUGUUAAAACAAGAUGAAAGGAAACGGCCGUACAACAGUAUGUAUGACGUGAAGGCGCCUACAGAAGAGGAGAUAGAAGCGUAUAUGAUGAAACGGCGACGCGAAGAAGAUCCAAUGCUUGCUUUUAUGGGAAAGUAAACCAUUACCAUAUUUUAAGUAUCAUGUUUAAUAGUUUUUGAACUAUAGUUUUUUUUUAACAAUGGUCAAUCGAACACAACGCUGUCAUAAUGUAUAAAUAUACUUCAAUGAUCAUAUCUUUUCA